CCACCAGCGCCAGCCGACGGGAUCAAGCCAAUAGCCUCCGGCGCGCGAACAGCGCACGCGCUAGGAGGAGUAGCACACGCACGCACGCCGCGGCCGCGCUGCCCACGCUCUACCGCUGUCACCUCGCUGUCCGUCCGUCCGUCCGCCGUCCGUCCGUCCGUCCGGGACGUCCUUGCCCCGCACGGAUUCCAGUGGCCUCUUUCUUGUCCCUUCUUCAAGCCCUCUUCCGCCGGCCGCCGGCUGCUGUUGCAACAGAACAGAGCAGAGUAGGUGCUGCUCUGCCGUCCCGCGCGCUGUCUUUUCUCGGGAUCCGCUCGAUCGGCCCCAUGGCCACGCCGUGCGUGUGGGUGGGAUUGCCGAGGUGUGGCCUCUUGGGGUGGCAGCCUGACAGGAUUGGGGAAAAGAAAGUUUUCCCCGAUUACUAUAUGUUGAGAAGCGCGUAAUCGCGGGCUUUUAGUGGUGGCGGAACCAGAUGCUAACCAGAGGUCAAGCAAAUCUAUACUCCCUUUGCCGAGCUGUAGAGAACAGAGAGCGCCGUCUCGUUGAAAUUCUUCGGCGGCGUCGCUUCCUCUUUCGGCAGUAUCUUCUGUUGCUCCCAUGGUUUCUUGCCGGAGAUGUCUUGCUGUCUUGAGAUCUUAAUAGGACUCCAUGAGAACCAUACCAGUAUUGCCAGUAUGCUGAUAUUUGGACAAUGGAGACCAUGCAGAGACAUGCUAGCUCCUGCUAAGGGGCCAGACCACAUGCUUUUUGAUUUCAUUUGUUGAGAGCAACUGGUGAACAUGCCAAGAUCUGCUUCUGUUGGCGAAAGUGAUGUUUUCUUCGACGCGUGUAGCUCAACCAAGGGUUCGUCAUCAAUUGUUGUCAGCGCAACUGAUGAAGUAUCAGCUUCAUGGAGACCUGACUAUGAGCUGUGGACAAGUGAACCGAUGAGCGUCCAAGAAAGGCGGCAUAGAUUCCUGAAGGGAAUGAUGGGCUUUGUUGAACCUAUUCCUACUGGAAUAGAUUUUCCUCACUGGCAGGUAGAAACCACAGCUGAUUGCUCAUGUCAUGACCUGAAGGAAAGAAUUAGUAGCAUCUGUUCUUCCUUUCGUUCAGCCUUCUCUGAGGAUGUUUCGGUACCAGAUAGUGCUUGUUUAAUAAGGGUUCUGGAUACCACGAACAGAUUUGCAGUUCAUGAGGAGGUUGAAUCGGAUAAAAUGCGGACUUCGAAUGAGUUGGGAAGUUUGUUUGGGUUCUCUCAGCUUGUUCAGAACACAAGAAAGGGUUUCAAGAGCUUGUGGGGAAGUUUCACAAGAAAGAAAAAGUGCCCGGCUAGAACUUGCAAGCAUGAUGUUCAUGUGAAAAACAUGAAGACCAGUACCUUAUUAUCCAGGAUCAAAGUUCAUCAUCAGAAUAAGAAGUGGUUGGACUUCUCUGCUGUCUACAUGUGUCAAGAAAUCCAAGCCCACGACGGUUUAAUUAAGGUCAUGAAGUUCAGUCCAUCAGGGUGGUACUUAGCUAGCGGCGGCAGUGACUCUGUUGUGCGCAUUUGGAUGGUAAGAGAAGUAGAUUCUUCUCCUGAUAUGCGUGGAAGAGACACGCCUCUUGGAUACAUGAACAGGAGUAUUGGCCUAAGAAGGAAGCCAAGAAAAGGUCGGAGCCGUGCGAUUGCCAUACUACCCAAGAAAGUUUUUAACAUUACAGAGACACCACUGCAUGAAUUUCAUGGGCAUGCAAGUGAUAUCCUGGACAUGACAUGGUCAAUGUCAGAGUUUCUCUUGACAUCAUCGAAAGACAAGAUGGUGCGGAUGUGGAAAGUUGGCUGUGAUGGUUGUCUAGCAGUAUUCAAACACAGAGAUUAUGUGACAUGUGUUGAGUUCAAUCCGGUUGAUGAAAGGUAUUUCGUCAGCGGCUCAAUAGAUGGUAAAGUCCGUGUUUGGGAUGUUUCAGAUAAUCGAGUAAUCGACUGGGCUGAUGCACAUGGUAUCAUAACUGCUAUUAGCUACCAAGCAGAUGGAAAGGGCUUCAUUGUCGGUACCGUUGCUGGGACAUGCCGCUUCUAUGAUCAGUCCGAUCAAAAUAUGCAACUUAAUAGGCUGAUGCAAGUGAAGCCAAAAAAGAAGUCUGCCGCCAACCGGAUCACCAGUCUGCAGUUAUCUAGAGGCGAUUCUUCUCAGUUGAUAAUCACAUCAACAGAUUCUAAAAUCAGAUUUUCUGAAGGUGUUGACAUCAUCCAAAAAUUUCAAGGACCCCGAAACUCCAAAGUUCUGCUGCCACCAUCGUUGACAUCAGACGGCAGGUAUCUCAUCACAGCAGGCAUGGAUUCCAAUGUCCAUAUAUGGAACUCCGAUACGUUAGGCAACAACAGCAAGAGCACCAAACGACCAAAACCGACCAUCCGCUCACGCGAAACCUUCUUCUCCGAAGGCGUGGCAUCGGUAGCACAUUGGCCAGGGCUGCGUCAGGAAGGCAGCAAUUUCUGCCCAUCCUCCUGCGGUGAAACCCACGGCCUGGGCUGCUGUUCGUCGGGCACAUGGUUCUUCGCCGACGGCAUGAGGGACGCGUCGGCGACAUGGCCGGAGGAGAGUUUGCUCCCGUCCCUGAACCUGAAGAACAUCAACUGCUGCAGCGUACCAGAUGACUGCCGAUCCAAGGCGUCUGCUGCUUGGAAUUUGGUCAUAGUGACAGGGAGUCGCGACGGGGUGAUCCGAUCCUUCCACAACUAUGGCUUGCCAGUAAGGUUAUGAAUUUCCAAAACCAAGCUAUAUAUACUAUAUAGACUCUGUAAUAUGCUAGAAACAUGAAAGAAUUGUGGGUUUGACGGCUGCCUGACUAUUAGUUGAAGGUUUGUCCAAGGUGUUGCGCCGAGGAAUAUUCUGUACUGCACUGUGUAAGUUUGAGUUUCUGAUUAUGGUAAAGAAAAGAAAAAUGAUCGGUCAAGAA